CGUAUGGAGGAUUUAUAUUUAUUUCCUCCUCUCCGUCUCCACCGCCGCGUCCAUUACCGCCGUGAAGACCCAAGAAGCGCAGCGGACACCGCGACAGCUGCAGGCCGAGCAGCAGGGCCGGACCGCCGGGGAGGAGCGCAGGAUGAAAGCCGCAGCCGGAACGGAGAGACGACCGGAGCCGCCGCCGCUGAACCCCGGAGAGGACGACAUGACUGCGGCAUAACAGGCGAGAGCACGCCGCUGCGCCUGUCGGCGGGAUGUCCGGACCAGCCGGACCAGCCGGACCAGCCGGACCCCCCGGGACGGAGCCGGGCCCGGAGCUGCCGGAUCUGAGCCACCUGACGGAGGAGGAGCGCAGCAUCAUCCUGUCGGUGAUGGACAGACAGAAGAAGGAGGAGGAGAAGGAGCAGAGCAUGCUGAAGGAUCAGGACGAAGUCAAACCUCCAUUGGUCUCGUGGAAUCCGUUGUCGGGCUUCAGUCAGUUGGUCACUAAUGUUGCCGCCAACGUGUCUGAAGUUCUGCAGGUUAUCAGUCCGACUGAUGACGAGUCACAGACGAAGUUACAUCAGCAAUUUGAGAUGUACAAGGACCAGGUGAAGAAGCUGGGGGCGGAGCCUGAGGCUGCUCAGACGGCGAGGGCCGACUCUCUGACCUGCGGCAUCUGUCGCAAAACCAAGUUCGCCAACGGCUGCGGCCGCACCUGCUGCUACUGUCAGAGCCGCUUCUGUGCCCGCUGCGGGGGGCGUGUCCCUCUGAGAGCCAAUAAGGUGAUGUGGGUGUGUAACGUCUGCAGGAAGCAGCAGGAGAUCCUCACCUGUUCAGGGGAUUGGUUCCCCUCCAGCAGCUCACAUGGGGUUCCCCACGCUCCACCGCAGGGGCCUCUGAGCAACGGAGCCACAGAGCGGUCAGUAGAACCCAGCAGAACCCAGUAUAACCCAGUAGAACCCAGCAGAACCCAGCAGAACCCA